GACCUUGACCGACAUGUUGUAAUCUGUUAGGCAGAGAGCUCUGGAGUCAACAGCAGUCAAACACCUCUAUGUUGUGAACUAUCAGGCAGACAGGUCGAUAGUCUACACCAGUAACACUGAGAUCACUUAGAUUGUUCGCUUAGUUUUAAACCAGCCCUCCCAGCCACGAGACGCACAGCUGAAGUGAGCCCUAACCCAGCGGAUCUUGUGCCAGUCGUUCUAUCCCGCCAUGCCGCUGUGCCUGUUAUACACCAACUUGAAGGACGAGGAUAUCCCUGCAGAUCUGGAGGUCACUCUGGCGAAGAAUGUCGCCGAGGUUCUCAACAAGCCCAUUGAGAGAGUGACCACGAUGAUACAAAGCGGACUGCGCAUGUACCGCCUGGAGAGCAGGGCCCCGACUUGCUUCCUUCAGAUCCACUCAAUAGACGUGUUUGACAAAGACAGGAACCCAGCCUACACCCAGCCUAUCAUCGACUUCCUCAAGAAUGCCAUGAACAUUGAAGGGAACAGGGUUGUCAUCCAGUAUCUUCCGCUGUUACAAUACAACGUCGGAAUGGAGAAGUAAAGAUGAUGUCGUCAGUGUCAA